UGCUGGUGUGCCUGUCUAACACAGACAGGCGUGCCAGUUGCUGUGUUGGGUUAUUUGCGUGACAUUCAUAUGCGGCCUGACAUGUGGAUUAGACGCACUGUGUGAGAGCGUUUACGGAUUUUUUCCAAAACUGCUCGCCCGCAAUCAGGAUACGGACAUCUUGGUAGCGUAACCUCAAAUGACAUUCUCCAUUCAGAACAACCCAUAUUUUUCAAUGUAUCCUCACAUGCAAUAUACGGACCCGGCCGUCGCGAGGAAGGCACUAGCAUUAAGACAGAAUCUCAACGCGCGGCUACAAGGGUCGCAUGGCAUGGAGUUGUUGAACAAUCUGCUGGCUACCUAUGCAUGCAGCAAAUUUUCUCCACAAGACAUGUCUAAUCCUCCCAAAUUUCAGUUCCCUCCACUCAGUCCCCUCUUUUCUUCACCGGGACUGUUCCAUCAAGCAUUAGCUUCAGCAUUCCAACCGGGAGCUCUUCCCCUACCUCGUCAGUUUGCAGAAGACCUAAGUGUGUCUGCUUUGGCUCCCCGGACGUCAGAGGCGGUACCCCCGCCAGUGCCAAAGCUACCCAAGCGAAUGCCGCCAUCCCCAGCCUGUUUCAAACGUAAAGCCCAGUCUCAGGAUUUCCCCUCGCAAUGUGACCGUGAACGGAUGGACUCAAUACUCUAUUGCCAACCGACCUUUUAUCCGAUUUUAAAGGAUCAAGUGGAGAAAACGCAGCAAUCCUUACGAACAGCCGACACGCCAAAAUUCUCCAUCAGCUCCCCGAUUCAGGAAACUGGGGUUUUGGUUCCCAGUCUUAUCGAUGGUGAGAUAAUUAUGGGAUUUAACGUUUGGGGUGAGAAAAGAUUAUGUUUGCCUCAUUUGUUUCGCUUUGUUCUGAAUGAUGUGGAUCUAAAAGCCAUCGACGAGGCUUGCACGAAAUUGCAAAUCACAUGUACCACGUGCACACCCGCACAGCUGACGCUACUGCACUCGCGAAAGAUCCUCCCAAAAGCUGUUUCUAGUUGUGGUUUGAUUCGAAAGAGUGAUGCUGAAAGACUGACGAAAUUCAUCCGUAAUCGGAUUGACUCUUUGGACAAAUAUAUCAACUCCGAGUCAGCCCGAGAUUCUUCGGUGUUGCGCUUACAUCGUUCGCAUCAGACAGAUGUCGACGUGGAGAACAACGAAUUGUCUGUGACGAAAUCAAAACCACUUCCCAGAUCUCAAAGAGAUUCGCCAAUCGGAUCGGACGUUGAGGCCACGGAGUCCUCCGGAGAGGCACAAUCAGAAAACACGAAGGUUGAUCAACCAGAGCAUACCAGUGAACACCGGAAUUCACCCAUCUCCCAAGGGAGCUCGACAUCUACCGAGCCGAUUCCAGUUAUACACGAGUGUUUCGGUCGUCAGCUAGGGUUCAUUCACUCCCAUCUAUACACUGAACCUUCGUCAAAGUGCAUUGAAUGCCGGACGUGCCAUCGCCUAUUCGCUCCUGAUCAGUUCGUUGGACACACGCACACAGUUACAGAGGUCGACAAUCUCAAUCACUGGGGUUUCGAUUCGAACAAUUGGCGUUGCUAUUUACGCCUUUACACAGGGCGACGUUCCCGUCCGGGUAGCACGGAACGGUCGACCGUUCAGGAGUUAAGUGAUGAUGAGUCCAAUCGACAGGAUUCAGUUGCCAGCGUCCAGGUGCAUCGUCGGCUUGAAGAGUUCAAGAUCAAAUUUGCUCAGCCUAUACGACUACCAGCGUCUUUAAGUGCCGCCUUGCGUACCGUCGGUCUCUGUGCAUCCAUCGCUCCAAUACCUCCAGCGCUCAUAGACCCUGAUGCGCAUCCUGUUCCUGAAUCGACCGGCUUUCAGUCGCCUUUCACAUCUCCGAAAUCGACGGUUUCUAAAGAACCUUUUACAUCAAUGCUUGGAGUUCCAGCUCAGUCGGGGCCGACAAAUACUAGUCCCGUCCCUUCAGUAAUGUUACCCCAGCUGACACUUCGUCGCCUGUGGGCACCAAACGACGGUCGAAUCAGAGUCCCCCCUCCGCCAAAACCGCUUGUCACGCGCGACAGUGACGCUAUUCCAAAGAGACUGCAAACCGGGCCUCCACUGCUGCUGCACUCUCAUCGGGUUGUUUCACAAGCUGCCGCGGAGCGCUAUGAUCGUGAUUUCAUCCCCAAUGUCUGUCUGAUGCCCCCUCUGAAACCCAGGUCAAUUGGUAUAUCGGGGCGCUUCGGACUUUCUUCUCAGAAUCGGUAUAAAAAGCGUCGUCCGUUUCGUAGGAACAGAAAUGCUAGCAGCGGCUCACGGUCUUGCUCGAGUAGCGCCCAUAGUUCUGGAUCCAGCAGCAGCCGAACCCGUAGUGCUAGUGUCAGUAGUACAAACAGCAGUAGUUGCAGCUAUGAGCGAGCAGGAAAGCGUCAUUGCAACGGUCUCUCGCCGUUAACUAACACUGAGAAGCCAGGACGACGGCUUUCUUCACCUGGAUCAGCGGUCGAAAAUGCCUCCGUGGUCCUAGAAGACAGGUGCAAAGGAUCACGAAAACUGAGCUAUAAGUUGACGGAGAAAACAAAACCUCGAGCCAAUUCCUGGACCGCACGAACUCGAAUGCGUUCUCUCUCUCACACAAGCGAUUCCGCCCGCUCCGAUUCGGUCAUAAGUUUGUACGAUCAACAGCUAUCAGCAGCGAAAAAACGCAGAUCGCGAAGCUUGACCGUUCCACGAAAUAAGUGUCUAGAUGCAAAUUCUUCAUCUGAUUCACGUAGCGCUUUGCCAGCUUCAUUUAGAAGAAAAAGCACAAAACCUUCGUUGAUGAGGAACGAGAAUCUCAAUGUCGACGAGCCAGUUGUCAAUCAGACACAUUCUUCCCGAUCUCGGAAACCCAGUUACGCGAACCAGCAAUACUCGUUUGAUACACAAUGGCAAGAUCGAGCUAUGGCUGCUGCGAAAGCUGCGCAGGGAGUGGCUAGUCGCACGUGCCCUGGGCUUUGGAGUCGACAUUUCACUAAUUUGAACGGCUCAAACGGAGGACCGUUGAAUCUUCCAAAUGCGAGAGAACCUCCGGCUGCUAGUGACGUAAACUCAUUGAGGUCAGAACAUCACCACUCACAGUCGCGCGCUCAUAUGAGCAACACCCCCGUUCUGGUGACGAGCCCCACGAAGAACAGUCUCCCCACAGCAGUGCUCGCCUUGGAAGCGAUUUGGGCAGACCUGGUGCGCCAUAUCAACGAGUACACAGUUGCAGUAGAAUCACGAACAGGAGCAAUGGAAGCGAGACAACGCCUGUUCGAGCAAUUUAUUACUAUGCAGACUUGCUAUGCCACACAUAUUGCGACCCUUGCAAACGAAAAUCAGAAGCUUCUUGAAAAACUGGCUGCACUGGAGAAACAGCAAACACCCGCAGCAUCCACUCCAAAAACACCGACCACUCCACAGGCAAAUCAGCCCGGUUUCGGACAAGAUUGGAAUAGGAGCACAAAUUCCGCCAAACAGCAUGUACAAGGUUACACACCUUCAAGUGUACCCGCCUCUACUCCUCAGAUAACCAGUCAAUCGACUUCGCUUAGCAUUUUCCCUCAUCGAAGUAGAAAAGAGUCCACGAGAAUGUUCCCCGAUCAUAGGGGCGCUCAAGGUGCUGCCAAAACAGGAAGUUCUGCUGGUCGGUACAUCGGAGGCCCGGAAAAAGAAGUCAUACCUCCUGCUCCCCCAACCAAAGAGGUCAGCCUCCCAAUAGCUAUGAGUGGUGCCAACCAACACAGAUUCGUCGCUAGUCCGAACUAUACUACAAGUUCCUCAGAUGACACAAACCAAGCAUCAACUACACCUACUGCUUCUGAAACGGAUGGUUUAAUUGCAGACAAUAACAACAGUAACAGGUACAGUGACGAGUACCUGAGCGUUGUUGAAUCGCGUGCUUCUGAACGUCCCCGACACACCAGUCCUCCGUAUACUUCAACAUCCGGUAAUUCUAGCCAACCAAUCCGUGCCUCAACAGACGGGCACCAAUCACUCAAUCCAGAAACCUCGUCAGAUGACACUGACAGUCGACCUGUGGAUGGCAGUGUUUCAUUCAGUUCGACAAUCCAUCGACGUCGCUCUCUUUUGCCACCCUGUGAAGAACGACCCCGAAUGUCUUUGAAGCCACAUUCGCGGUUACUGACACGAUCUUAGUUGUUAACCCCCGACCCACUAAUCCGUGCGAGUCCUGAUUGUACAUACAUCAAUAUGACGACCUGAUCAUUCCUGUCGGAUAUGUCAAGUGUUUUAGAGUCUAACAACACCCGCGCCAACGCCCGACCGACAACCAAGAGGCGGAGAGCAGCUGAGCGAGUGCCGCACACAUUCGGCACAUACAUCUCUUGCCCUAUUCUUACGCUGUGAUCGUUAGCCAACUUCUUCUCCAUGUCUGUUUUCCUUGAGUUUGUGCGAGAAUUUUGCCAUUUUCCCAUCUAUGUGAUACAAGUUCAACUACAACGACUGAUUUUGGAUGACUCCCAUUUAUCUCACUCCUGGGAUCGGUUAGGUUGAUGGGUGUCGGUUAACCCUCCUACUCCACCAUCUCCACACAGACGAACCUCAGUUUAUCGUGCAUUUCACGCGCCUGAACUCAGCAGUGAGUGUCCCAACUUUUAUGUGACUGCGCUGACGAUAAGAUUCUUUUUCCGACCCACCCACCCCCCUCCUUGUGUCCGUGUUCCUCCACUUAUCGACAAUAGUAACAAGCACUCCCAGCUGUGUAUUUCUUUCCGCAUGUUUUUUUCCUUAAGACCGUCACGAAAAUACGCGUAGUUCAUUAGCGAAUGCCCGAAAUGUUGAUUAUUUUUUCACCUUAAUUAGUUGCGUCACAGCUUCGCCGCUGGACUUCGCCACUAGUGUUUUACGCACAUGUCUACAGACACUCAUAGAGACACACACACAUAUACGCAAAGUUGCAAGGAGUUUCUAGACAGUCUGCCUGACAUGUUUCGAGCUUGUGAUUUAUCACUCACUCACUCACACUGCCUCCGUUUUUUGAGCAUAAGUCGAUGGCCCGUCCUCCCAUUCCAGGACCUUUUUCUCUUGCCUAGCUGUUUUCCUUUUUUCAUUGUUUCUCCGCGUACAACUGCUCGAUUCUUUCGUUAAUACUAGUACUAUCACUAAUAGUAUGCAUUGUGCUGUUGUGAUCCAGUCAUUGUGUUCUUGGUUCCGUGUGUCCCUCUCUCUCUCUCUUGUGUGUGUGUCUGUCGCUCCGUGGCGACAAAGUCUGUGAGGGUUCGCUCUAAUUAAUCGCUGAACCCUCAUCCACACAACCCCAUACCUUACAAACCAUGUUUGUUCUCAGACUACACACACACAAACCAACUCUCAGUUACCUUUACUUUUUUGGUUAUGAGAUCUAUUCAACAUAUUUUUACUCCAUGUUUACCAGGGUUAUUCAGACUGAUUUGAUGCGUCGGUUCACUUGCCCGAAUUCGAACGCCGGAGUAUCUUGGCCGUGAGAUAUUUCGGCUGGUUACUCAGCGGUCGUUCGUCUCUUUCACACACUUUCUUUCUUGGUCACGCGUAACUUAGUCCUCUACUAUCGUUCGACUCUGUUUCAAAUUGUCACGCACUGUCGCAUGAGUGUUGACUCUGUAUUACACGUGACCGUGAGUGAUUGUCGGACUGUAUGCGCCAGAUGCUUGUCCUACACAGUGUAGUGCGAUUUUUGUUUACCAUUGUGUAAGCAUUCUCAGGAUGCACUUAUUUUCCCCGUUGCUUUCCCAGUUAUCCUACUUGUCGCUCUCAGGAAUACCGUUC